AUGACGUCCUCGGUGCUGCUUUUAGCAGCGCUAUGGACAAUGACGGCUGCUCAGGUGCUGACGCCGAGUUUGCUGACGAUUUCGCACCGUAAACCUAUCCGAGCCACUUCAACAUGCGGUGAGCACAAUGGACAACCGAUCAACGAAGUGUACUGCUCACUGACGGGUUCAACGCAAUAUUCGCCGCUGAACUACUAUUCAUAUCAAGAGGACACCACGAAUCCACUGCCGUACAGAGAAAUGCGCCAGGAGCGUGAGGCUUUCAUCCAGGGCGGUCAUGGAUGUGGCCAUUGUAUGGCUGGCACGGAGAACGCUCACCCGGCAGAGAACAUGGUAGACGGUAACACCAGUUGGUGGCAGUCUCCACCGCUGUCGAGAGGAAUGGAAUUCAAUCAUGUGAACAUCACCAUUGAUCUUGAGCAGGAAUUCCAUGUGGCGUACGUGUGGAUCCAAAUGGCCAACAGUCCAAAACCAGGCACAUGGAUCCUAGAGAGAUCAACUGAUUACGGAAAUACUUUUCAACCUUGGUAUUUCUUCGCUGAAACACCCGCGGAAUGCAUG